AUGUGCAAGCACGGAUCGACGACUGCCAGUAGAACUGGGAGACGAGGUGCGGCGAUAAGGUCCAGGAGACGGCUGACGGCGAUGUUCCGGCACAAGCUGACGACUUCCCGAAGGUCCUGGCGACAGCUGACGUUGAUGUUGCUCCAAUCGAACUGGGGCACGAUGUUGUUGUGGGCUUCUUCGCGGACUCCUUUCCAAGCGUUCCGUGUGCUCCGUGGUCUUCUUGAAGUUUCACCAGUUUGGGUGGAAGCGGCUGAGGACUUGAACGUGGUCUGGGUUGAUGUUGUCACAGACGACGACAAGUCCACUGGUGAAGUGGCGGUGUCUCGGAGUGUUGCGAUUUCCUCAAUUUCAGUGGCCAGGGCUGACGACGACGGUGUGGUGGUAAUUCCGUGA